AAUAAUGAAAAUCAUGUAUAAUACAUGGAAUGUAUGGAUUGCACAAUUUUAUUUUCUUUUGAACACACAAUGAAUAACCAAGCAAAAUUUUUAUAAUUAUUAACGUAAUAUUAAUUUUUAAUUCACUAAUAUUUAAAUUAAUGUGCAAAUUAAUUAAAUUUAAUAAUAAAUUAUGGAAGCUUGUAAAGAAUUAAAAGCAAAGUAUGAUCGUUGUUUUAAUGAUUGGUUCUCUGAAAAAUUUUUACGCGGAAUUUAUGAUGAUAGUGAAUGUGCACCAUUACUUAAAGUUUAUACCAAAUGUGUAGCGCAAGCAAUGAAAGAUCAAAACAUAAAUUUGGAUGAAAUAAAUAUAGCUCAUUUAGGAACAGAACAAGAAAAGAAAACUGAAAAUUGAUAAUUAUGUCUUUAAUAAUAAUUUUGAAUUCUUUAACAGAAUUUUUUUUUAUAUUUUAUUAUAAAAAUGUGUUAUAUAUUCUUUCAUAAAUAAUGAUUAUGCCUUUUCAUUUUUAUUAAUAAAUACCAAGUAUAAAUACUGAUUUUUAAA